ACGCUCGAGCUGGGCAUGGAGUGGGGACGCAAGCUGUAUCCCACGGCGGGACCCAGAUCCGCGGGCGGCCUCAUGUUCAGCCUGCCGCCCACGGCGGCGGACAUGAAUCAGCCGCGGGGACCGAUGACAUCGCUGAAGGAGGAACCUCUCGGCGGACGCUGGGCGAUGCAGCCAGUUGUCGAUCAGACCAACCUGGGCAUUGGCCGCGCCCACUUUGAGAAGCAGCCGCCCAGCAAUUUGAGAAAGUCCAAUUUCUUUCACUUUGUGAUUGCGCUCUACGAUCGCGCAGGUCAGCCCAUCGAGAUCGAGCGGACCGCCUUCAUUGGCUUCAUCGAGAAGGACUCGGAAUCGGAUGCCACAAAGACCAACAAUGGCAUUCAAUAUCGACUACAGUUGCUCUACGCAAAUGGCGCACGACAGGAGCAAGAUAUAUUCGUGAGACUCAUCGAUUCGGUAACCAAAGCGGCCAUCAUCUAUGAGGGCCAGGACAAAAAUCCCGAAAUGUGCCGUGUCCUGCUGACGCACGAAGUGAUGUGCAGCCGCUGCUGUGAUAAGAAAAGCUGUGGUAACCGCAACGAGACUCCAUCGGACCCCGUCAUUAUUGAUCGCUUUUUCCUCAAAUUCUUCUUGAAGUGCAAUCAGAAUUGCUUAAAAAAUGCUGGAAACCCGCGGGACAUGAGAAGAUUUCAGGUCGUCAUUUCCACCCAAGUGGCCGUCGAUGGUCCUCUCCUGGCCAUCUCGGACAACAUGUUCGUGCACAACAACUCGAAGCACGGACGCCGCGCCAAGCGACUGGACACAACGGAAGGUACAGGCAACACAUCCCUGUCCAUAUCCGGUCACCCCCUAGCGCCCGACAGUACCUAUGAUGGUCUGUAUCCUCCGCUGCCCGUUGCCACGCCUUGCAUUAAGGCGAUAUCGCCCAGCGAGGGCUGGACAACAGGUGGCGCCACCGUGAUUAUUGUGGGCGACAACUUCUUUGACGGAUUGCAGGUGGUCUUUGGCACAAUGUUGGUGUGGAGUGAGCUUAUCACGUCGCACGCGAUACGGGUCCAAACGCCGCCACGCCACAUCCCCGGCGUAGUCGAGGUGACGCUUUCCUACAAGAGCAAACAGUUCUGCAAGGGAUCACCCGGACGCUUUGUCUAUGUCUCAGCACUCAACGAACCCACUAUCGACUACGGAUUUCAGCGUCUGCAAAAGCUCAUACCCCGUCAUCCCGGGGAUCCGGAGAAGCUACAAAAGGAGAUCAUCCUUAAGCGCGCUGCGGAUCUCGUUGAGGCACUCUACUCCAUGCCCAGAUCGCCCGGCGGCUCCACCAGCUUCAACUCCUAUGCCGGCCAGCUGGCGGUGAGCGUGCAGGAUGGAACCGGUCAGUGGACGGAGGAUGAUUACCAGCGCGCCCAAUCGAGCAGCGUCAGUCCGCGCGGCGGAUACUGCAGCAGCGCCUCGACGCCCCACAGCUCAGGUGGCUCCUAUGGCGCCACAGCAGCCACCGCCGCCGUUGCUGCCACCGCAAAUGGAUAUGGUCCUGCUCCAAAUAUGAGUUCACUCUCCUCAUCGCCGGGCAGCGUAUUCAACUCCACCUCAAGGGUCAGCAGCCUGAGCUUCAAUCCCUUCGCCCUGCCCACCUGCAAUACACAGGGAUAUAGCACUAGCCAGCUGGUGACAUCAACCAAAUAAUAUUAUUAUUAAAUUAGGCCAUUGGCCGCUGUUGUUCUUGCCACGCCCAUACGCUCCGAGACACACGCCCCCAAAAGUCACCAAUGAAAAUCAAAGCAGCAAAAGAAGCUCGAAAGUGCAAUAAGCGAUGGAAAUGUUUCCAAAAUUAAACAAUUACGAAUACAUCAAAUAUUUAUUGUAUAAAAAAAAAACAAAAUGUAAACAAAUUUUGUUGUUUAUUUUUGAUUGCCCUUGUAAAUUUAUGAAAAUUCACAAACACUUUUACCCAUAUAUCAAAAAGAACUUUAAACAUAUGAAUAAAAUUGCAAACCCAUAUCAUUCGCGGGCUACGAACCACGUUAUAAUCUAA